UGGUUGAUUAUUGUGUAACUUUGACAGUUUUUUUUUCUAAACAAUCUAUUACAAAAUAGCAUAAGGAAAGUCUUUGUUAUUAUUUUUGGAGGAAACAAGGCUCAACAACUUGCGUAAAAAUGGUGUCGUCUACAACAACGAAGACGGCGUUUAUAUGCUUCGCUUUACUCCUUCUCCUCGUCCAAGUCAUGAAUCACGCGGAAGGUGCGAGAAAACGAUUUCGCAGACCAACGACAUCGGCGCCUUCUUUAACAAGCGACCAAGAAGUUUCGGCCAGCGUCAACAGAUUCAAAGUGACGAGAAAUCGUUUGGGCACAAAGAACACGAGGAACGAGCUUCAACCAAGCAGUGACAGUCCUGGCAGCAAGUCAAAUGAUUACAAGGUCGUUUGUUACUAUACCAAUUGGUCGCAAUAUCGAACGAAAAUUGGUAAAUUCAUGCCUGAAGACAUCCAACCCGACCUUUGUACUCACAUAAUUUAUGCAUUCGGUUGGUUGAAGAAAAACAAGCUCACAAGUUUCGAGUCAAAUGAUGAAACUAAAGAUGGUAAAAUUGGCCUGUACGAACGUAUAGGGAAUUUGAAGAAGGCAAACCCAUCGUUAAAAAUUCUUCUUGCGAUUGGAGGGUGGUCUUUUGGUACUCAAAAAUUCAAAGACAUGACGGCAACUAGAUAUGCACGACAGACUUUUAUUUACAGCGCCAUUCCCUACCUUCGUGAUCGGGGAUUCGAUGGACUUGAUAUUGAUUGGGAGUACCCCAAGGGUGGUGACGAUAAAAAGAACUAUGUUCUACUGUUGAAAGAACUGCGGGAAGCUUUUGAAGCAGAGGCUCAGGAGCGGAAGAAGCCUCGACUGUUGUUAACCGCAGCUGUGCCAGUUGGACCGGACAACGUGAAAAGCGGAUAUGAUGUACCGGCAGUAGCGAGCUACCUGGACUUUAUAAACCUAAUGGCCUACGAUUUCCAUGGAAAAUGGGAGCGAGAAACUGGACACAAUGCACCAUUAUAUGCAUCUUCGUUGGAUUCUGAGUGGCAGAAACAACUAAGUGUUGACAAUGCUGCUUCAAUGUGGGUUAGACUAGGUGCACCUAAGGAAAAGAUGAUUAUUGGCAUGCCAACGUACGGAAGAUCAUUUACCCUCUCUAAUCGUGACAAUUUCCGGGUUCAUGCUCCUGCUAGUGGUGGUGGUAAAGCUGGUGAAUAUACCAAAGAAUCAGGAUUCUUAGCUUAUUAUGAGAUUUGUGAGAUGCUGCAAAAUGGAGCAGCAUAUAUAUGGGAUGAUGAAAUGAAAGUUCCAUAUCUUGUGCACGGAGAUCAAUGGGUAGGCUUUGAUGAUGAAAGAUCCAUCCGUGGAAAAAUGCAUUGGUUGAAAAAUAAAGGAUACGGUGGUGCAAUGGUGUGGACGGUUGAUAUGGAUGACUUUAAUGGAACAGCUUGCGGUGGUAACGUUAGGUAUCCUUUGAUUGGUGCUAUGAGAGAAGAGCUGAGAGGAAUAUCACGAGGCAAUAAUGCUAAAGAUGUUGACUGGAGUACUGUAGCAGCUACAGUUAGUGAAGUUGUCAUUAAGAAGCCAGAACCUUAUAAAAUAGCUGUAUCAGAAGUUUUAAGUAAAGCUAAAAAAUUAACUAAACCCAGCACACAAUUAGUCAUCAACACACCUUCUCAAGAACGAGAAGCUCAGGCCAUUUGUUAUUUAACUAGCUGGUCUCACAAACGCCCAGGCGCUGGAAGAUUUAUGCCAGAAGACAUUGAUCCCUUCCUCUGCACCCACGUUGUCUACGCAUUCGCAACCCUGAAAGAUCACUUGCUGACAGAAAACACCGAGAAAGACGCUGAGAUGUAUGAGCGUUUAAUAGCCCUUCGUGAGAAAAAUCCGGACAUUAAGAUACUUUUGGCAAUCGGAGGUUGGGCAUUUGGUUCGAAACCCUUCAAAGAACUCACCAGCAACACAUUCCGCAUGAAUCAAUUUGUUUACGAGGCCAUCGAAUUUUUGCGAGAAUACAAAUUUAAUGGACUCGAUGUCGACUGGGAAUAUCCACGAGGAGCUGAUGAUAGAGCUGCUUAUGUGAAUCUUCUAAAGGAGCUUAGAUUGGCCUUCGAAGGAGAAGCCAAAGACUCUGGGCAACCUAAAUUGAUUCUUUCAGCGGCAGUUCCAGCAAGUUUUGAAGCUAUUGCCGCUGGUUAUGACGUUCCUGAAAUAUCCAAGUACUUGGACUUUAUAAAUGUGAUGACAUAUGACUUCCAUGGACAAUGGGAGAGACAGGUUGGACACAACAGUCCUCUCUUCCCCUUGGAAAGUGCUACAAGUUACCAAAAGAAGCUCACAGUGGACUAUAGUGCUCGUGAGUGGGUAAAACAAGGAGCACCGAAAGAAAAACUGAUGAUAGGAAUGCCUACGUACGGUCGAUCUUUCACGCUAGUAGACAAGGACAAGUUUGACAUUGGUGCACCAGCUUCAGGGGGUGGAGUUCCUGGUAACUUUACUAACGAGUCGGGUUUUCUCUCGUACUACGAGGUUUGUAGUUUUUUGAACGAGGACAAUACGACCCUUGUGUGGGACAGUGAGCAGCAGGUGCCGUUUGCAUAUAGAGAUAACCAGUGGGUUGGAUUUGACGACGAGAGGAGUCUCGUGAAUAAGAUGAAUUGGCUGAAGGAGGAGGGCUUUGGUGGUAUCAUGAUUUGGUCAGUGGAUAUGGAUGACUUUAAAGGAACUUGCGGAGCUGGCAAAUAUCCUUUGAUUAAGACGAUGAAAAAAGAACUCAAGAAUUACUCAGUCAAGCUCGAAUAUGACGGUCCUUAUGAAACUAGUGCUCGUAGCGGGAAAUAUACCACCAAAGAUCCUAAUGAAGUAACUUGUGAUGAAGAGGAUAAUCACAUUUCCUACCACCCAGAUAAGAACGAUUGCACAAUGUACUAUAUGUGCGAAGGAGAACGCAAACAUCACAUGCCUUGUCCAGUGAAUUUGGUGUUCAAUCCAAACGAAAAUGUUUGCGACUGGCCUGAAAAUGUAGAAGGAUGUCUUCAACAUACCCAGGCACCACCUCCCUCAAAAUAAAUCUCAUACUUGGUACUAGCCGUCCAAGUUUGUAUAAAAACAAAAAACGAAUAGGAUAAAAAAAAAA